GCGCCAAAAGGUUUAAUUUUUAUCGAAUUUUUGUAUUUUAAUUUCACUAAUUUCCCCCCGUUUUAAAUUCCUUGCCCAACGUCUUCUUCCUUCUUCUCCCUCCUCCUUUCUCCCUAUAUCGUUCUCUCUCAUCCCCUCUCACUUUCUCUCUCCUCCUCCUUCAAUGGCGGCUAAUCCAUCUCUUCACUUGUCUCCACAAUUGCAGGUACUUAAAGCUUUGUUUCUUUCUCUUUCUUUGUCUUAUGGAUGACGAUUCGGUGAAUUCUGGCGGCUGCGGAGGUGGUACGAAGCGAAUGAUGGAAAUUGAGGUUGCAAUUGACAGCGGAGGAGGUGGUGGUGGGGGAGGAGGAAUGGAGAUUGAUGGUGGUGAGACAGUGACAGCGAAGAGGAGGAAGAAGGAGGAGGUGGUGGAGAUGAAGAGAGUGGCGGAGAUUGUGCUCGUAUUGUCCGCUUUAGGAAGGAUGAGAGCCGGGAGAGAUCCAACAGUUGCGGAGAAGGCGAUGAUGGCGGAAGCUAGGGAAAAGGUUGUGACUUUGUGUCAGGAGUUGGCUCCUAAGGAUAUUCUUCCUACUGAGGCUUUUGGUGUUGUGAUUGAAGAUUUAGGGCUUAAUCGUUUGAAGGAGCGAGUUGGAGGGUUUCGCCCAACAAAGAUCUCGAUUUCGGAUAAGAUUGCUCUCUCUAAACGCAGGAUGGAAGAAUCUAAGGUGUUUGCUGUGCAGCCUGCUUCAUAUCCAUCUCAGAGAGUGCAAACUGCCAGUGGGGCUGUUAGUGAGAACCGUGGGCCACCUCCUACAGUCCGUGUAGUCCCAUCUGAUAAAGUGGGCCAAAUGCCUGUAUCCACAGGAACUUUUCAACCUCCUAUUCCUGUUGCUAAUCCUUCUUCAGCAGCUUCUGCACCCAUGCGGUUUCAUCCUCCUAGCACCGAAGUUCGCCCACCAGCUUUAUCUUCUGCUGUAUUGAAUAAUAUGGGAAGGGAUUCUACCUCUGUGAUGCCUCCUAGACUUGAUAGAGCAAAUAUAAGACCUGAUGUAAGACCAAAUGGGAAAGCUUUGCCUCAUGUCCCAGUGAGUUCUGCAGCUAAUCAACAUAUGGUGCGGACUACUCCUGUGCAUCUACGGCCUCAGACUCCAAUGCAGGUUAAUCUCGGAACAAAGAAUAUGGUGCCUGGUCAACUGCAAGUGAAAUCUGAAAGUAAUGCUAGUUUAAGUGCUCCACAAAUGACAUCACAAUCAGCUGUUGCUCCAACGCCAGGACUUGUCACCAGUCACACAGUUCCUGGAAUGAGGCCUACUAUGCAUCAUCCUAUUCAGGGUAUGCCAUUUGUUCAUGCUCCAGCUGUCAAUCACCACCUUGAGGUAUCUAGGAUAGUACAGAAAUUUCUUACCCCAAAGGUCCCUCCACGUCCUGUGUGGACUCCUCCUUCGAGGGAUUAUAUGAAUAGAGCAACAUCGUGUCAGUUCUGCAAGCUGGUUAUUAACGAGGUUGAAAAUAUGGUGGUUUGUGAUGCUUGUGAGAAGGGUUUUCAUUUGGGAUGUCUACAAUCACACAAUGCAAAAAGCAUACCGAGAGUUGAGUGGCAUUGUCCUAGGUGUAUCUCAAUGAGCAAUGGGAAACCGUUUCCUCCAAAAUAUGGCCGUGUUACCAGAAAUAUGAAUGUUCCAAAAGUCCUUUCAAACACAAUUGGAGUUCAGUUGCCUUCAGAGAGAAAGGCGGAAACCAUGGAUGAGAAGAUGAAUCAGUCAAAUGCAAUUAUUGAAAGAUUCCAAGAUUUCAAAACACACUCUAAGGUUAAUCAGCCAAAUGCCAUGAUAGACAGAAUCCAGGAUUUUAAAACACACUCUCAAGUGAGUCCGCCAAACGCAACUACAAAUGGAAGCCAGGAUUCUAAAGUGCACUCUCAUGCUGCAAAAGUUGCUGAACCAUCGUCUGAGUCAAACCUGCCACACGAAAGUGAGAUGAAUAGAAAUGACGUAUCCAUAGGCAUAAAGGAAGAUGAGUCUAAGUUAGAAAAUUGCUCAAGCAACAUGACAGCAGCUGCAGUAGAGCCCUCUUUAUCAACAUCAAAUGAACCUUCUAGUGAUAAGCCUUCUCUGCAGGUGAAAUCUGAAAUAUCUCCUUCUGAAGAUAGGUUAAUGUCUGAGACAGAGCCUGAAACUCCAGAGAUAUCUCAUGCAAAUAACAAACUUGAUGGCUUGCCGAUAUCAAGCAAUCAAAACGAUGUUGAUCAAAAGGUGUUAGAUAAUGUUGAAAUCCCAGCUCACCAACACUGUGACAGCAAUGACUUGCCGAUAUCAAGCAAUCAAAACGAUGUUGAUCAAAAGGUGUUAGAUAAUGUUGAAAUCCCAGCUCACCAACACAGUGACAGCAAUGGAGUUAUUGAAACCCAUCAAUGCAAGGAUGACAAAAAUGAUGAAAAAGAUGUUCCAAAAAAUCUUGUUGAGAUGGAGAGAGUCGGUGAUCAAACUGAGGAGCUUACUGACGCUUCAGAGAUUUGCUUGCAUAGUGUUGACUGGGUUGGUGACACAGAUAGAGUUGUGGACGAAAAGAAGUUUUUUCGAUCUUGUCGCAUCAAUGAAAUAGUAUAUCAAUUGCACGAUUAUGCCCUUCUCCGUGCUGGAAAUGGCAAAAUUUUACCUGUUAAGCUUCAGGAUAUGUGGGAGGAUCAAACUAGUUUAAAAUGGCUUGUUGUCCAUAAGUGUUACUUUCCUGAUGACUUGCCAAACGAGGUUGGCCGCCCGGGUGCUCCUCAAAACAAUGAGGUCUAUGAGUCUACUCAUGAUAGCACUGUGUUGGCGGGUUUUGUUCAAGGACCAUGUGAAGUGCUUCCAUUCCGAAAGUUUGGGGAUGAAGCUGAGAAAAGCGAUCAAGGCUCUCCAGCGAAAGACAGGAGGCAGCCAGUCUUUAUACGCAAUUGGUUCUAUGAUGAGACAAGACGGGCUUUCUGCCCCAAUGCUAGCUGAUCUUGGAUGUGGAUAAAUGCUGUAUGAUGCUUUGAAACUUAUAUUGGCAUACAACUCAUAUGUCUUCAGCUACUCUGGUAAUAUAAUGCAGACCGAGUUCACAGCCUAUAGGUAGUCUUUUUCUUUCACCUUUGUACAAUAUGUAGCAUUAACGCGUUUGUAAUCGUUGUAUAACAUUUCUUUCGUAGCCAUCUAGGUAAAAUUUGUACAGGGUUUGCCCUUAUUUUUGGGUGCCCAAGCAUUUAUUGAAAAUAAUAUUCAAGCCUUCUUUUUUUUUCCUAUAAAUUGUGCUGAAUUAAGUUUAGACCUUCCAAUGUAUAUGAACAUUUUUGUUUCUCAGUCAUAAUUGAUCUUUUACUUUCGAUUGA